AUAGUGCUUUACUUCAUUUAUCCUUUCUCUCUCUCUCUCUCUCUCUCAUGUGGACGCAGCAAUUGCUGCAACCUGUGCUACUCCUCCAUUCUUGUUCACCUUCGAAUCUUACCAAGAACCCAUCUAUUGUCAAACCUUGUGCGACCCACAAUUCCAAAAAUUUCAAUGGAAUAGUGAAGGCAACAUUAACUUUGGAAGAACUUCCCCCAAACGCGCUUAGGAGGAAGAGAGAAUCAGAAUGGAGAGGAGGCUUCUCACUUGGUGUAGACUUGGGAAUGGCUCGCACUGGAGUUGCACUCAGUAAAGGCUUCUGUAUUCGCCCUUUAACGGUUUUGGAACUGCGUGGAGAGAAGCUCGAGCUCCGGAUUAUUAGCAUCGCUGAACAAGAGGAGGCUGAUGAGUUUAUAGUUGGACUUCCAAAAUCUUUUGAUGGAAAGGAAACACCGCAGUCAAACAUAGUCCGCAGUAUUGCUGGAAGGCUUGCUAUUCGAGCUGCAGAGAGGGGUUGGAGAGUAUAUCUACAGGAUGAACAUGGGACGACAACAGACGCCAUAAAUCGAAUGGUCAACAUGGGCUUGAGUAAGUCCACUCAGCAGAAGAAGCUUGAUGCCUAUGCUGCCAUGAUGGUACUUGAGAGAUAUUUCUCCACAUCAGGUCAGAAAACUGAGCUUGUUUUGCCCAAGAGUCUAGAACUACAAGGAAAACUUAGAAGGGGUCCUCCCAAAGAUGAUGACUUUUUCUCCGACGAAGAUUAGAAAGGAGCUUGUACAUUCAAUCAUUCAUUCAUGUUUACUAAUUUCGGUUAUGCGAGAGGAGGUUCCGAGCAAUCAGCAAUCAACAUAAUGAUUUAGUAUGUUUGGAUUCCCAUUACAACUUCAAAUUAAAAGAUGUAAAAGAGAAUUUUUUUUUUUUUUUUUUUUUUUUUUGAAGAAAAAUAACUGUCAAAAGGUGUGUUAGUCAAUAGGGGUGUCAAAAGGUGAGUUAACAUUACAUUUUAUAUAAUUGUAGAAAUGGUAGAUAUUUCCAAGGUAGCUUUGACUAAUGUAGUUUUUCACAAUGUCAUCAAUCAACACAGUCCUGCAUAAAGCGGUUUGGUGUUUGAAG